ACACACGUGACAUGGCCUCACCCACCCACCCCCCACUCUCCAGCCCCACGUUACCUGACUCGCGGCCUCAGUGACUGUCUCUCUGACUCCAACUUGAGCUCAGCUGAUGCGAGAUGUCCAUCUCUCGUUUCCUCGCUAGCAAGUCACAAGGACAAGACCGUUUUGAAUACCUCCAGACUUUGGUUACUGAGUUCCAGGACACUGAUUCCCAGGACUCGAAGGAGCAAAUCCUCGCAAACCUGGCUAACUUUGCCUACGACCCUGCCAACUACCAGUACCUUCGCCAACUCCAAGUCAUCGACCUGUUCCUGGACAUGCUCACAGAAGAGAACGAGACAUUUAUAGAAUUUGGCAUAGGAGGUCUCUGUAACCUGUGCUUGGACAAGGAGAAUAAGGAAUAUAUACUACAGAACAAUGGGGUUCAGGCAGUAAUGAACUGCUUAUCCAGCUCGCACGAGGACACAGUCUUGUCUGCCAUCACCACCUUAAUGUAUCUGAUGAGCCCAGCGUCCCGAGAGGCAAUCACAGGGCUGCCAGUAGUGGAGUGCAUGCUGCGCUUCUCCAUCUCCAAUCACCGGCGGCUCAGUAACCUGGCCACCUUGUUCCUAGAGGACUACUGCUCAGCAGAGCAAGUGGCCAGAGCCAGGGACUUACAGAAUCACACCGCAUUGGGCAUCCCCCUUCCCAAAGGAAAAGCCGACGAGAUACUAGAUUCAUCGCACCACUCAGAGUCCUGAUGACAUGUGGCGAUCACGCAUUGGAUAGCUUACACUGGAAGCCGUGACAGCCCCAACUAGUAAAUCACACUGCCACUGUGGACAGCUUCACUCUCCUAGUGAAACAGUUUGUCAGUCACUAUAGCACUCUUGACUCUUGAGUUAGGUUUGGGGUUCACAGUUUAGCCUGAUGGUACAGUGCUGCAGAUGUACUGCAAUGGUAAGAGGUGGCGGCUUUGAUGAUACAUUAAACCGAGGUCCCCGACGCUACCCCACAUGAAAGGCACUAUAUAAAUGCAAAUUGUAGGAUAUAAACUGAAAUCAGGCACUCUCAAUGGUUCAAGGGAAGCACCUGAAUUUGUGAGUCCACUGUAUACAUUUGGGUCAAAUUAUACAGUCCAGACAAGAUUAAUUAACUGAAUCCUGGGCCUAAUUCAGAGGCACCCUGGCAGCUUUAUUCCAUUACUGUGCCACCAGCCAGAUUUCAGAAUAAUGUCUGUUAUCUGAGCCUCAAUGUAGAUCUUGCCUGGGACCUUCCUGGUCUCUACCACACCACAUGUAUUGGUUAAAGCACUCGCCUCGAAAAUGAGAGGGCCCGGGACCUCAGGCAAGUUUCUUUACUCCACACGCCUCUGUUUACCGAGCAGUAAGUAGUUAGUUGAUUGGCAGGUCACUUUCUGGGGAUAAUAAUCCCUCCAAAAUUGGUCACUUAAACCCACAACUGUUCAUGGAGCACUGCUGUGCGCAAUUGGCUGCCGUACUUCACCCACAAAUAUAUAGUUAAUUCAUUUUACAGUAUAUUCUGUGAAGAGUUUUGAGACGUCUCAAUAAUGUGAUAAAGCACUAUAUCGAAUGCAAGGUUUAUUGUUGUUAUUUACCCAGUGAAACACUGAGAGCCCAUAGAGAUGACAUACCAGCAGAUCCAGACUGUAUUCACGUAAGUUGGAAGAAUGUGCAUCGGUUACACAUGUGGCUCCUUUUAUUU